UUGAUAUUUCGUUUAAACAUCGAUUUUUCUAACAAUAUAGAAUGGCAGACAUGCGGAAUCUUCAAACGAAGUUAAUAUUCCUACAAAUCAUCUCGCUAUCUCUCUGUGGUUGGUUACCAGUCGAACGUAACGUGAAAAUAGAGUGGGAUUUUGAGUCGACACCUUUAGAAAUUAAAACUAAUAGUGUGCUGGGGAGAGACGAUAGGGUGUCAGUGUGGUUCUUCUCUGCUGAGGGAGAGGAUGCAGGAGGAGUCCAGCUCUGGUUCACCUCUACUCCACAACACUUCCUCGGCUACUGCAGCCAAUCCUUGACUAACUUCCCUGUUAAACCCCCCUCUACUGCUGACAAGGUGUGGCGUUUCACUCUAACCAGGACUGCAGGUGUUAGACUAGUGAUACACUGUAACGAGGUAGAGGUGCUCAACAAACUGCUCUCUCAAUCAACUUGUACUGACAGUAGGUGGAGCACGUACUGGAACAGGGACGUGACAAAGAUAGAGUUCUCCGGCGACACAGCAUCUGAUUACUACGGAACACAACCAGAGCCGUGUGGGGAAGGAACAUAUCGGAAUGAUACUAUGACAAGCUGUGAGACAUGUGACGCUGGAUUGACACCAAACUCUGAUAAAACAGCCUGUGAGCCGUGUGGAGAAAAAACAUAUCGGAAUGAUGCUAUGACAAGCUGUGAGACAUGUGACGCUGGAUUUACACCAAACUCUAACAAAACAGCCUGUGAGUCAUGUCCAGCUGGAAGCUACAAGAACAUUGAGAUGAACACAUGUGAAGAAUGUCCCGAUAACACGAUCAGUUCAGAAGGAGCAGCCUUGUGUACAGCUUGUGAACUUGGCCAGGAACGAAACUUAGGGAGAACAAAAUGUGAGCCGUGUGGGGAAGGAACAUAUCGGAAUGAUGCUAUGACAAGCUGUGAGACAUGUGACGCUGGAUGGAAACCAAACACUAACAAAACUGCCUGUGUGAGCUGUACGGGACUGAAGGCUGAGUGGAGAACUGCGAUCAGAACAAAAACACAGUUCCCAGUAGUCCCGGGAACCGUGGUGGAAGUGAAUUGUAUUGAAUCCAGAGCUCUCAAUAAAGGGAGCAGCGAGGGUAGUAUCAGCAUAACGGAAGAAAGGGGGUAA